AUGGAACUUCUGGGUUAUGUGUUGACCGCGUUCGUGUUUGUCGUGUCGAUUGCGUACCUGUACCUGCGCAGUCGGCACAACUUUUGGCGUGACCGUAGCAUUCCGCAUGUACGCGGGAAGCCUCAUCUGGUGAUGGGGCACAUGGAACACUUCAAUACGAAGCACGGUUCGUACAUUAAUCAGGAACUGUACCAGGAUCUUAAAGCGCGCGGUGAAACCUUCGGUGGAAUGAGUUUCUUCUUCAUACCAGGAAUAAUACUGGUCGAUCCGGAGCUGGUGAAAGCGGUACUGGUGAAGGAUUUCAACGUGUUUCACGACCGGGGCGUCUUUAACGACGCUAAAGCGGACCCGCUCUCUGCCCAUCUGUUUGCACUGGAAGGCCAGGAGUGGCGUUUGUUGCGUCAGAAACUAACGCCAACGUUCACGUCUGGCCGGAUGAAGCAAAUGUUCGGUACCAUCCAGCAGGUGGCCGGAGAGUUUCUGAAGUACAUGAAUGAGAACUGUCACCGGGAGAUGGAGAUGAAGGAUGUGCUGGCACGGUUUACCACGGACGUGAUCGGGACGUGUGCGUUCGGGAUUGAGUGCAACUCGCUGACGAAUCCGGACUCGGAGUUCCGAAAAUAUGGCAACAAGGUGUUCGAGCAGGAUAUGAUUCUCAUGAUGAAGUUCGUGUUUGCCACCAUGUUCAAGGGGCUGGCGAAGCGAAUCGGUGUUAAGCUGACCGAUGAAGGUGUGGAACGGUUUUUCCUGCAGGUGGUACGCGAUACGGUGCAGUAUCGGGAGAUGAACAACGUACAGCGGAACGACUUUAUGAACCUGCUGCUGCAGAUUAAGAACAAGGGUUAUUUGGACGAGCGCGACGGUGGAGCGAGUCACACUGGCAAGGGUGAAGCCGCUAUGACACUGAACGAACUAGCGGCGCAGGUGUUUGUGUUUUUCCUGGCCGGAUUCGAAACGUCCUCCACCACGAUGAACUUCUGUCUGUACGAGCUGGCAAAGAAUCAGGACAUUCAGGAGCGGCUCCGUGAGGAGAUCGAACGUGCGAUCGACGACAACGAUGGACAAGUGACUUACGAAAUGGUUAUGAACAACCAGUACCUUGAUAAUGUGAUCAACGAAACCCUACGCAAGUACCCUCCGAUUGAGUCACUUUCCCGUGUGGCAAUGCGCGAUUACACCAUACCCGGAACGAAGCAUGUGAUCCCGAAGGACACGUUUGUCCAGAUUCCCGUGUACGCACUGCAACGCGAUCCCGAGUUCUACCCGGAACCGAACCAAUUCAAUCCGGAUCGAUUCCUGCCGGAGGAGGUAAAGCAGCGCCAUCCGUACGUCUUCCUGCCCUUCGGCGAGGGUCCACGCGUUUGUAUUGGAUUGCGUUUUGGAAUGAUGCAGGCAAAGCUUGGCCUAAUCACGUUGCUGAGGAACUUCCGCUUCACGCCAUCGUCCCAAACACCGGCCGAAUUCGAAUUCGACCCCAAGUCAUUCAUAUUAUCACCCACGAAGGGUAACUAUCUUAAGGUUGAUAAGAUAUAG